AUGGCCGUGGGCAACGGGAGCGCUGUGACCGCCUUUGUGCUCAAGGGCUUCUCCGAUGACCCCAGGCUGCGGCUGGCCAGUGCCGCCUGCUUCCUGCCCAUCUACCUGUUUGCCCUGCUGGGCAACGCCUCGGUCAUCGCGGCCGUGAGCCGGGACAGUCGCCUGCACACGCCCAUGUACUUCUUCCUGAAGAACCUGUCCUUUCUGGACAUGUGCUACACCUCGGUCACCCUCCCCAGGGCCAUCGCCAGCGGCCUCUCGGGCUCCGAGCGGAUCUCCUUCGCCGAGUGCAUGGCCCAGCUCUUCCUGUUCGUCACGCUCUGUGCGUCCGAGUGCUUCCUCCUGACGGCCAUGGCCUACGACCGCUGCGUGGCCAUCCAGAGGCCGCUGCACUACGGGGUCCUGAUGGGCAGGCGGCGCUGUGUCCUGCUGGUCCUGGUGGCCUGGCUGGCCGGGGUGCUGUAUGCCGCCUUCCACACCAACAACACCUUCUCGCUGCCCUUCUGCGGACCCAACAUCAUCGAGCACUUCUUCUGUGACAUCCCCCCCAUCAUGAGGCUCUCCUGUACCGACUAUCACACCCACGAGGUCCUGGGCUACAUCCUCAGCAUCUGCAUCAUCCUCAGUGCCUUCGCCCUCACGGUCCUCUCCUACGUGCUCAUCCUGUCCACCAUCGCCCGGAUGCCGUCGGCGGGCGGCCGCCAGAAGGCCUUCUCCACCUGCUCCUCCCACCUGGCCACCGUCCUUCUCUUCUACGUCACCGGGAGCUUCGCCUACCUGAGCCCCACGGCCCAGUACUCCCCCACACAGGGCCGCCUGGUGUCCGUGUUCUACUCUGUCCUCACGCCCAGCCUGAACCCCAUCGUCUACUGCCUGAGGAACCGGGACAUGCAGGCCGCCCUGAGGAAGCUCUUCGUCCCGUCCCAGUAG